AUGAAGGUGUACUGCCUGGUAUUGUUUGUUGCGGCGGCUGCGGCUCUGCCGAUGGCUAAGGAGGAUGGCGUCAUGGAGAAAUUCAUCUCAACGUUACGGGAUUGCGUGGAAACCGACACCAUGUUGUGUUUGAAGGAAAAGGCAAUGAAGUUUACUGAGAACUUGGCAGUGGCGAAGGACUUCAGCGUAGUUGAUGGCAUCUCUUUCUCAAGAACUGGGUCACCGAGAUCUGCUAGGAGCUACGAACCCUUACCCGAAGAACCUAAAGCAAGGGAACUGCUAGUUGAGGAAAGGAUUAUGGACAAUGUAGUAGACUUCCUGGACAACCACGCUCUGCAACUCAGGAUGCCUAAAGCCUUCACUGAAGAUAACUCUGUUGAUGAAGAAGGCCGUGGCAAGAAGAAGAAGAAGCUGAAGAAACUCCUCCCAAUCCUCGCUCUCAUCAAGCUGAAGUUGACUGCCCUCAUUCCUCUGUUCCUUGGUAUCAUUGCCUUCGCAGUCUUCAAGGCUUAUCUCCUAGGAAAGAUCGCCUUCAUUGCAGCCGCGUUUGGAGCUCUGAAGAAACUCCUUGAAUCGAAGUCCAAGAGCGGCGGUGGUGGAUGGUCGGAACCACCUCAUGAAGAACAUGGCUGGGAAAGCCAAGGUGGUGGAGGCUGGGGAAGAUCCCAGGAUGCCCAGAACAUGGCUUACGGAGCUCAUGUCAAGCAGGCGUAA